GCGCGCUGCAGGGAGCAGGAAGCAGGGCGAUCAAUCAUCAGGGCUCAUUUCCGCGCCUGGUGAUCCUCUGUCGCGACGUGGAUCCGGCGUAUCCGGUAGCCCUGGUCGAGCUGGCCACAUAAACCCCCUGGAUCGAGGCAAACGGAGCUUUGUUCACUUCGCGCGAUGUAUAAAUCCAACUGUUGGGUUGCUUGUUGUUUGCGGUGAAGCACGCUGUUGUGGGGGAUGCUGGAAUGAGUGCCGGUGCGGCUUUCGAUGAGUGUUUGAGUGUACUGUUUGUGAUUCUUGGGUUUUUGGGUCCGUGGGGGUUUAUUCGCGACGUGAAUCCGAGUGUCGUGCGGGAAUUAGGCAAUGUAGACGUGGUUUGGGAGUGCUUCGAGGUGGGUGUGGAUCCAAUGCGGUGGUGCGGCGCUCGCAGGAGGAGGGUGUUGUCGUUGUUGUUGUUGUUGGUAGUGUUAAUAUAGUGAUUGCAGAUCGACUCUUGAGGUAUUGGCGAUUUUGGCUGAGAGCAUUGGGACUCAUCUGGGAGCUGCAAGCUACACCAAAUGGAAUCGUCGUUGAUAUUGAAGGCUAAAUCAGCUUUGCAGAAUGUAGCUGCAAAAGCAGAACGAGUUCUCACUGAAAUCAAGGCUGAUAUCAAAGCGGAUUUUGGCGGGCCUCCCACUCCGGAUGGCACUACGUGGACCAAUGGGAGAUAUAUUCAUGAUACAGAAUUCAAAGCAGAGUACCCUUGGAGUGCCAAGAAUGAUAGUGAGAAACGGUACGAAGUUGAGUUCAAGAGACGCAUUCUUGACUUGUCCAAGAAACCGGAAGAUUUUCUGGAAGGGGUCGAUGAUGACCUUGAAUCUAUCGACAUGCAAACUGCAAUGAUAUAUGUUGGAAACGUCCUGGAGUUUGAUGAAGAGUUGAAAGAACUUUGGUUUCAAUACGUGCCAAAGAAAAUGAAGGAGCUCGAGUUCUGGCGCCGAUAUUUCAUUGCCGUCAAGCGUGUUCGACAGGAGAUAAUAGAUGCAGACUCCAACAAUUAUGUGCGCAUGAGUUGGUCAAGUAUUGAACGCAGAUUGACCUUUGGAGGCACGUUCAAUGAGAGCCUGUGGAGGGAUCCGAUUGAAGAGGAAGCUGACAGCGAAGCAGUUUCUGUCACUAGUAUUCCUCAAUCCGUGAUCAUUCGACGCCUAGCAGCUGCCAUCGAGACUGGUAGAUCGGCAAAGAGUAUGCAAGAAUUAGUAAUUCAAGGUGGACGACUUUUGGACAAGGAUGUUUUACCCAGUAAUGGCGAUUGGUCUGGUAUUGUCUCAGGCUUUGCUGCUAUGAGACGGUUGAGUGCCGGUCGUGGCAAGGACAGCAAAUCAAGAUUCUCAAAGACUACCAGUCUUGGAGAUUACCAUACCUUGCUGUGGUCACUUUUUGAUGCAGAUACCCAGCACGAGGAUCAGGUAGACAAGAAAUUAUCAUUCACCGCUAGUCCGAACCUUCCGAGAGAUAUUCAUGGAGCCCCGCCAGAGAGCUUUGUUGCACGGCUAGCUGAAAUUAUGGCUGAAAUCAAAACUGAGCAAGGCAUGGGGGAGUUUUGGCUAGAAGUAAUAAAAGAGCUGCGGCGCCGGUGGAAAGAAGGGGUCCCAAUAUCUCUUUUGCCAGUUGACGAAAGUCCUGAUCUGCGCUACUGCCUGCUUCACCAGCAAUUGCAGUUAAUAAACUGUUGUAUUGCCAGGCGCAAGAAGCGCGCUGCAGAUUUAGAAUCUCUUGAAAUUCUGAACUCUUAUUUAGCUCAUGAAGAUAACUCUUCUGCAGAGAGCACUGAUAAUCACCUAGCACCUUCUGAAAGCCUUAACAUAAAGGCUCCAGUGCUACUCUACGCUAAGUUAAAGACUGGUGAAAAAGUUCUUAGAGUUGGAGCGGACCAUCCAGCAGCUGACCUUCUAAUGUUGGAGACUGGAGAACCAGUAUAUUCACCUAUUACUCAAGAUAAUCCUAUCAUGACAGAGGAUGCCAUAAUGGAAGCGGAGGAACUUAUUCUUCGCACUAGAAGUGUUGGAGCUGGCUGUUCACAGCUUCUAUCUGAUAUGCAAGCCUUCAAGGCCGCCAAUCCUGGAUGUAUAUUGGAAGACUUUGUGCGAUGGUACUCCCCUUUGGAUUGGAGGGAGGAACCAGGGACUGGCCUUAUGUUCCAAGGCAGUGCGGAAAAUGCAGGGGAGUAUGGAGCUAUUCGAGGCUAUCUUAGUGCACGCAUGCAAUGUCAAGGGAAUUUGUGGCAAGAGCUAUGGGCAUCCUCCCGACCAGUGCCGGCCCUCAAGCAAUCUCCGCUGUUUGAUGAGGAACUUGCUGGUGAGAGCACCCUCGAUGUACUGGAAGAUGUGGCUCCAUCAGAUCUUUUUGAGCAACUCUUUCUAGCUGCACUUGGUGCAGGUGUUGCAAUUGUAGAGGCCGCUCCUGCAGCCAAAACAGAAACACUUGCAAGAUGUUUAAAAGAGUGCACCGAGUAUUUGGUGAUUACGUGUGAACGGGAAAUGAGCUCUUCCAAACUUGAACGUCUCUGUGAGGUGUACGAAGAUAUGGAGUUUGCCCUUCAUUUAGCGCAAUGCGGAUCACCCGUGGAAGCAGAGGCACCUUCCGGACCACCAGGUACCACAGUUGUAACUAAUGACGACAGUUAUGAUUUGCCAGAGCCAAUUCCCUUCUUGGAAGCCGAGAAAGUCACAUUCCAGAGAUCUGUUGAUUAUCAACAGGCCCAACAAUUUGUCAAAACUGACUUUGGACAACUGUUCUCACGGAUGUUUGAAGUCAAAUCUUCCCUAUUUGAUAAGAAGCAUUUGAGUCCCCUUCAUGCCGACGAGGAGAGGAGGCCAGUAUCUACUGUUGCAGGAGAGUGCACCUUUGUAUAGCUACAGGUUCCUAAUUACUUACGUACGCGGACUCUACACAGCUCACAAACUUGAAGUGCACAAGCAUCAUGUGUGACUUGGAGUCGUUGAUUUUGUGGAGUUAAUAUCUCGAGUAGGAAACAAUGAGAUGCCCGUAUGUGUCUUCUGGCUUUUAUCAUCUCCAGCCAGAUUUAGAUAGAAUAUUGAGAGAUGAAGACAGCCGAACAACACUGAAGUGCAAAACUUGGCUGGAAACGUAGGUCCUGUAGGCAGGCUUUGUUUUUACAUUCUGCAGUAUCCAUCCCCCUAUAUUGCAAGUGUAAAUAACCUGGAUGUGCAUUGUGUAAUGUAAAGGAAAAGCCCUCAUUUAUGAAUUUUAUUGUGGGUGAACUCUUGCUCCUUUAAUCUGCA